AAACUCAACCGUCCGGUGUUAGCCUUGGGUCAACAGUGCUUGAACGGGCUAGUGAGUAUGAAUUUCAGCUUUACGUGAAACUGUCUCGACCAGUAGAUUCAGUGGGAGCACAUUAGUCGCCCCCAUCGUAUCAGAUGUAUCUUAUCAAGUCAGCCAAGUACUUCCGCAACUGAUCCUUAUCCGAGAGAACGAUCCCGUCAUUGUUAGACGUCUGCGAAUCCCUUGUGUCGAUGACAGGCGAAUCCGAUUCGAUCGAUCGUUCUCAAGAAGAAACAUUCCCACAACAGCCGAGACUUUCCGGAGUGCGCGGCUCCCCCUUCUCCCGGAGCGGGAAGAGAAGUUCUUCUAAUAGGCAUCGUGAUGCUAUUCCGGAUUAUCCGUAUUCUGUCGCUAGAACGAAUCGAUGAUUCACGAUUCGUCAGAUUCAAUAGCUUUAUGAAAUUUCACGAUUGGCUGCAGACGUCCGGCCCCAGGGAAUCCUUAGGCCAGAUCCACUCGUGCUAUCAACGUCAGAAACGGCGAUCCAGACACGAAUGUUGGCAGAGCUAAAUUUUCCAAUUAACGUAAGCUUCAUUCCCACAAUGUUGGCGACGGGAUGUGCGUAGCAGAUCGCAAUGGCGACGUUAAGGUUUUGUUGUAUCAAGGGUACAGCUGUUGCUAUGCAGAAUCGAGAAGCCAUUUGGAUCGUGACAUUACGGAGAAUAGAUUCCCGAGCUUCGCCGGCUACCGUCCGACUCUGGAACGGGGUCCUAGGGUGGGUCCAUCCGAAUUCGAAUUUGCAGGAUGUCUCACGGUGCUCUUCUUUGCAGCUUGGACAUUCUACGCCGAAUCAACGAGAUCUUCCGAAAAUCGUCAAAGUUUCUCUGAAACCAAGACCGAGAGCUUCGCGAUCAUGACUCGACCCAGGCAAAACUUCCACGCCGAUUGUGAGGCGGCUAUCAACAAUCAGAUCAACAUGGAGCUGUACGCAUCCUACGUUUACCUGUCGAUGGCGUUCUAUUUCGACCGCGAUGACGUUGCCUUCAAGAAUAUCAAGAAGUACUUCCUCAAAGCAUCCGAAGAGGAGAGGGAGCAUGCCACCAAGCUCAUGGAAUACCAAAACAUGCGAGGUGAGUUCAUUUUCUCCAAGACUCGUUAUGCGAAUCUUUUCCUUGAUUCCGAGUCAGCACAUCCAACCUGUAACCGAAUCACAGGUGGACGCAUCAUCCUCCGAAGCAUCAAUAAGCCAGCUAAAGAUGAGUGGGGCAAUCUUGCGGAGGCUUUCUCAUCAGCUCUUGAGCUCGAGAAGCAAGUCAACCAGAGCCUUCUCGAGCUUCACAAGCUCGCAGGCGAACGGAACGAUCCCCAGGUACGAAUACAGCGUCAAGUCGAGCAGCUCUUAUAUGAACGCAUAUAUUCACUAGAUCAUCUCGGAUUUAGUUCAACGGGAUCCAUGGAUAUUAUUUGAUGUGAUCUCCCUUCUAGUUCUGCGAUUUCUUGGAGAACACCUAUCUCGAGGAGCAGGUGAAGGCGAUCAAGGAACUGUCGGAUCAUCUGACUAACAUCGAACGCGUCGGUAACGGCCUGGGCGAAUUCAUUUUCGACAAGGACUUCGACGAGUAAGGAUCAAUCGUAAUGAGACCUUGCGGGAGAGCCCCCAGAAAGGAGCAAUCAGGACGGAUUCGGCAAACAUCGAAUCCGAUUCACGAACAAAUCUCGCCUGGAGCGGUUCUCCCUGUGUGUGCGUGGUCCAUUUUCCCUCAGAGAAUCAUGGGAAGUCGUCAAUCAGGAAGAUUUCGUGAAUCCGUAAAUGUUGGCACGUUAGCAACGCAGAGACCCCUGGAGCUCAACGGGCUCCUCCGGUGAUCGUGUUGUUCUACUUUUCGAAGUUGAAGGUGUCAAUAAAACUAUUUGGAAAUGAAGGAAAU